GCUUGAUGCCCGUCUAGCUGCUAAAAUCCAGACGGCUGAACCACGAGUGUCUUCUCAUUGGAAAUAAUCGAUAAAAAUAUUGGAACAUUUCAGUUUGCAGGACACCUGGAGGUCGUGUGUGCUCCCUGCUCCAUAAUGGCGCCCGCUGUUCGCUCAGCCGGAGGAUUUAAUCGGUGAAGAACUACUAAAAGGUCGAUUCGCCGCCUCCCCAGAUGUCGCCUCCACCUCUGCUGAGACUUCUGUUCAUGAAUGGCGAGGACGCUCUGAUCGAUCAGCUGUGGCUCGGCCUGGAGGGAUGACAGGACUUUAGCAGACAUGGAGACAGGAGAGACGCACAGACAGCUGCCACGUUAGAUCCCCUCAGGACAACAGCAAAUCCUAUUUUUAUAUUUUUUAAAAUCCCAGCUGUUUUUUUUUUUUUUUUUUUUUAAACUCUCUGUAAAGCCAUACUCAGCCACCAGACGUCACGAUGAGCUCUGAGGGCUUUCAGUACCGAGCGCUGUACGACUACAAGAAGGAGAGGGAGGAGGACAUCGACCUGCACGUCGGAGACAUGCUGCUGGUCAGUAAAGGAGCGCUGCUCGCUCUCGGCUGCAGCAACGGAGCCGAAGAGCGACCGUCAGAUAUCGGCUGGCUGCCGGGAUUCAACGAGACCACGCAGGAGAAAGGCGACUUCCCGGGGACGUAUGUGGAGUUUAUCGGCAGAAAGAGGAUGUCCCCGCCCACACCAAAGCCCCGCCCACCCAGACCGCCAUCUGCAGCGUCUGUGAGGACCGACUCUGAGUCAGAGGGCUCUUCCUUUUUAGGCAUCAUGUUACCAGACCUCCCUGAACAGUUUGGACCGCCGGACACAGCCCCGCCCCUCCUCAGCAGACUGAUGGAGGCCAUCGAGACCAAAGGUGUGGACAGUCUCAGUGUGUAUCGCAGUCUGAGUUCAGGAGGUCUGGACACCCGGCAGCUGGCUGACGCUGACCUGGAGCAGCUGGAGGUGUCCGUCCUUUGUGACGGGGUGUUCCGGUUCCUGCAGGAUCUACCCGGUCCCGUCCUCCCGUCCUCGCUGCAGGCCGACAUGAUUCACGCAGUACAAGAAGUCCGGGACCUGGAGGACUGUGCCCAGGUGCUGCGAGGCGUGGCCAGCUCGCCCACCUGCCCGGCCCAGUACGGCCUGACCCUGCUGAGCGUGGUCCGCCACCUGGCCCGACUGUGUCUGCACGGCGCCAGGAACCAGCUCAGCCCCCGAAACCUGGCAGAGAUCUUCAGCCAGCCUCUGUUCAGACAGGCUGCAGGGUCUGAGUCCAGUCUGGAUCCUCUGGUUCAGGUCCUGGAGGUUCUGAUCACCAGUGAGCUCAACAUGAACCAGGCUGCACCAGCGUUGCCUCCUAAACCGGUCAAGUCUUCGACUCCAGCAGCUUCCUGUAGUUUCAACAACAGUAUUUCCCUGCAGGACGCUGAGUGGUACUGGGGAGACAUCUCCAGAGAGGAGGUGAACGAGAAGCUGAGAGACACAGCUGACGGUACGUUCCUGGUUCGAGACGCCUCCACCAAGAUGCACGGAGAUUACACUCUGACUCUGAGGAAAGGAGGCAACAACAAACUGAUAAAGAUCUUCCAUCGGGAGGGAAAAUACGGCUUCUCUGACCCUUUAACCUUCAGCUCGGUGGUGGAGCUCAUCAACCAUUACCGCCAUGAGUCCCUCGCCCAGUACAACCCCAAGCUGGAUGUCAAGCUGCUCUACCCGGUCUCCAAACACCAGCAGGACCAGGUGGUGAAGGAGGACAGCAUCGAAGCUGUGGGGAAGAAGCUCCACGAGUAUCACCUGCAGUACCAGGAGAAGAACCGAGAGUACGACCGACUGUACGAGGAGUACACCAGGACCUCACAGGAGAUCCAGAUGAAGAGGACAGCCAUCGAGGCGUUUAACGAGACCAUAAAGAUCUUCGAGGAGCAGUGUCAGACUCAGGAGCGCUUCAGCAAAGAGUACAUCGAGAAGUUUCGUCGAGAGGGCAACGACAAGGAGAUCCAGAGGAUCAUGGAGAACUACGACAAGCUGAAGUCUCGGAUCAGUGAGAUCGUGGACAGUAAACACCACCUGGAGGUGGACCUGAAGAAACAGGCCGCCGACUACAGAGAGAUCGACAAGAAGAUGAACAGCAUCAAACCAGACCUGAUCCAGCUCCGCAAGACCAGGGACCAGUACCUCAUGUGGUUGACUCAGAAGGGAGUCCGACAGAGGAAACUGAACGAGUGGCUCGGCCUGAAGAACGAAACCACAGAAGAUGAGUACAGCAUGGUGGAGGAUGAGGAGGACCUUCCUCAUCAUGACGAGCGUCUGUGGCGUCUUGGAAACAUCAACCGCAUUCAGGCGGAGUCGCUGCUCCGCGGGAAGAGGGACGGGACCUUCCUGGUCCGAGACAGCAGCAAGCCGGGCUGCUACGCCUGCUCCGUCGUCGUGGACGGAGAGGUGAAACACUGCGUCAUCAACAAGACGAGCACCGGCUUCGGUUUCGCCGAGCCCUACAACCUGUACGGCUCUCUGAAGGAGCUGGUGCUGCACUACCAGCACACCUCGCUGGUCCAACACAACGACUCGCUCAACGUCACGCUGGCCUUCCCCGUCUACAGCCAGCAGAGACGGUGACCCGCCCGCCCCCUCCUCUUUCACACCGUCGUCAUCGUAGACCAGCUGCAGAACCACAACCUGACCAUGUGACAUAUUCAACGCUUCAACGGCGACGCCCUCAACACUCCGACGUCUUUUCAACCUGUAAAGACGAUAAACCGCCGUGGUGCUGCAGAUGACAGAAGACUUGUGUACGGUCCAGUACGCUGAAGAUGAAGCUUUACGUUAAAUGCUUUGUUACAUGCUGGAAAGAGUUAAAUAUUUUACUGUGAAACAUGGAGCUUUAACUUCCUGUGAGGAAAAACAAGCAGCUCCACCCGACUCUGCAAAGAAACAGAAACUUCAGUGAAAUCUCCUCACUUAAAUACUGUUCAGUUAUUCAGCUGGUUCGAUGCCGACGAUCAACACACAGUAAAAUUUACUCUCAUCAGAGUUCGAGACAUCGCACCUGAGGUCGGGAUCACAUGGGAAAGAUUUUAUUUUAUUAUUCUGAAAGGGUUCAACAGGAAGAGCAGAGGCUGUGAGAGGCGUUCAGGGUUUCCUUUAACCCCUUAAAACCUGAGCUAAUGAACUUUAUUUCUUUCAGAAACAUGGGGAGAGAGCAGUGAGCAACGGAACAAGAAAAUACCUGAAAAUUAGUAAAGAAAAAAACUCGUAAAAUGUUCAAUCGAUUUUAUUGAUUGAUUGAUCAAAUAAUUUUCAAAUAAAUUAUUUGAAAAUCAGCAAAAAAAAAAAAAAACUAAAAAGAGGAAAUUACACAAAAUUAGUAGAAAGUUACAAGAAAUUAUCUGGAAAUUAGCACUUUUUUUUUGUUUACAAGAAAUUACCCAAAAACAAGCAAUAGAAAAAUAGUAAAAAGGUAAAAGAAAUGACCUGAAAAUUACCAAAAACAAGAGAGUAAAAACUUACAAGAAAUCACCCAAAAUUUUGCUGAAAAAAAGGUAAAAAGUUACAUGAAAUGAACAGUCACGGUCAGGGCCAUUAUGUUUUCAGGUUGUCUGUUCGUCCGUCUGUCCCAUUUCCGUGAACGGGAUAUCUCAAGAAACACCUUGACAGAAUUUCUUCAGAUUUGGCACAAACGUCCACGUGGACUCAACAAUGAACUGAUUAGAUUUUGAGGGUCAAAGGUCAAGGUUAUUGUGUCCUGUUCUUAGCCUCAGCACUAGACGCUACUAAACCCCCCUAGAUCUGACGCACUGCUCCUUUAAUGUAACGUGGCGGUGAGCUCUGAUAGUGAACGGACCUUCAGGCAAUAACAGGAGAGAAACACCUGUUUAGGUUAAUUUACGUGACGCACAUGAGCGCUUCAGGCUCGUUCAGGAACACGUCCCAUGUGAUCACGACCUCGACGCUUCCCAGAUUAAUGUCAGUUUCCUGUGUGAGGUGAUGACCUGUUGAACCUCGUGGAGGUCAGGGAGGGUGGAGCUGAACCGACGGACUCCUCUAAACUCUGAGCUGCUGAUCCAGCACGCUUUAACAGAACGGGACGGUGGACUGAUGAUGAUGAUGAUGAUGAUGAUGUCAAAGACAAUAUGAUGGACAAUCCAGAAAGGCUUCUCUUGCAUAAACACUGUGAGCGACUCUGAACGAGGUUUAAAAUGAGGGCAAAUCGACUGACCCACAUUUUUACACAUCAGGAGGAAAAAAAGAGAAACCUGCGUCAUCCAAAGACUCCGCCCCCCCACCCCCCAUCCCAAAAUAACCCCAUCAGUGUUUUUAAAGGUCCAGUUUCUUCAGGUUUCUUCAGGUUUGUUUUGCUGCCUCGAGAGUGUUGUUUAUUUUUGCUGAGCAGCCGGACGACUCGUCACUUCGCGCUGAUCAAAACUGACUCAAGAAUUCAGGAAUGACAAGAACUGGAUCUGCUCAAAGGAUCAUUCAGCGUCAGUAUCGGGGAAUUGUGGACAAAGCGCAGCCUGUAAAAGUUACCGAUGUUAAAAAAAGAAAAAAAAAAAAAGAAUCCGAAUCACAACUUUUCGUCUUUAUGGAUUUUUGUUUUUGUGCGUGUGGACACACGACUUCCUUUGACCCAGGUACAGGACAUGAAACUGUCUGCAAGGAUUUGAUGGAGUCCUGAGUUUUACAUUCGCUGUCACAUUCUCAACUUUUGGUUUUGGGAAUCAAUACAUGUUAAAAAUGUUUGGAGAUGUCCUGGAUUGUUUGAAGCUUUCUUCAUUUACUUAUUCCUCAACAGUGCUGUCUUUUUUUCUCCAUUCAUUCAACAGUUAAAACCAAAUGAGUGAACACAAACCAGAAUCUGAAAUAAGGGACUGUUCGUCACUUAUGAGGGGAGGGGGUGGUGCACAAAGGGAGAGGCAUGUAAAAAAAAAUGGAAGCACUGUGGAGGGACUCUUUAACUUGUGUUUUGGCUCAGGGGAGGCAUUUUAAUUUAAAUGGUUGUAUUUUCUUUUUAUUUUACGGCUGAUUUUUAAAGAAAACAUGCCAUUGUGGUAAUUUUUCUAAAUUUUGGUGAGAAUUUUUGGCGAUUCCUAAAGAAAAUGCUGUCGUUAAAAAUCACCAAAAUCUCACCAUUUAUCACACAAACUGUAAAAAAAACC